AGCAGCUGUGUUAGACCUGCUGCUGCUAGCUGUGUCGCUGCCUGACAGCUGAAGCUGUUUCUCUCCCACCCCCUCGAUGGAGCAGGUUUAUUUAUUGCAGCUGAGAGAAGGGUAUUUUCCAGGCAGGGCUGGAGGCUGCUGAGAAGGAAACUGCUGUGCUCUGGACUCUGCCUGGCAUUUCAGCCUGUGACUCAGCAGGUUGUGCAGCCACCCUGCUCAGGAAUCGGGCUCUGCUCUGGGGAGGAGACCCCCCUGCCCCACUCCACUCUGCUCGGGUGGCUGAGAAGAUAAUAGCCUGAUCUGGGCCUUCCUCUCAGCACAGCGCCAGGACCACCAGGCCUGCACACGGACUCUGCUUGCUGUGGCAUUGGCAGGCACCGACGCCACCCAGGGCCCACUGAAGUGGCAGUGAGCGCCUGGGAACAUGUCCCACGAGAAGAGCUUCCUGGUGUCGGGCGAUGGCUUCCCCAGUCCAAGCCCUGCCUUCCCUGGGCAGCAGCCUGCUGCCCCGCCAGCCUACGCACAGCCCCCCUACCCGGCAGCACCCUAUCCACAGCCCCAGUUCCAGCCAGGACCUUACAACCAGCCGGGCUUUCCGCAGGGCCCGUACCCUCAAGGGCCUGGGCCGUACCCACCAGCCCCAUAUGCUCAGGGGCCAUAUCCACCGGCAGGCGCGUAUCCUCAGGGGCCGUAUCCAUCAGGGCCGUAUAUGCAGCCGCCAUAUGCCCAGCCACAGCCCAUAGUCUCAGAGGAUCAAGGCUCUCCGCUGCACAGUAACUACCAUGAGGACGGGCCGCCCUCAUACUACGACAACCAGGACUUCCCCAUCACCCACUGGGAUGACAAGAGUAUCCGCCAGGCCUUCAUCCGCAAGGUGUUCCUGGUGCUGACCGUCCAGCUGAGCGUGACUUUGGCCUUCGUGGCCAUCUUCACCUUUGUGAAGGGCAUGAAGGGCUUUGUGAGGCGUAACGUCUGGAUGUACUACAUCUCCUAUGCCGUCUUCUUCAUCUCGCUGAUCGUGCUGAGCUGCUGUGGGGAGUUCCGUCGCAAGUACCCCUGGAACCUGGUCGCCCUGUCCAUCCUGACUGUCAGCCUCUCCUACAUGGUGGGGAUGAUUGCCAGCUUCUAUGAAACGGAUGCCGUCAUCAUGGCCGUGGGCAUCACAGCCGUCGUCUGCUUCACCGUUGUCCUCUUCUCCCUUCAGACCAAGUAUGACUUCACUUCCUGCCGGGGCGUGCUGAUCGUCUGCCUGGUGGUGCUGAUCCUCUUCUCCAUCCUGUGUAUCUUCAUCCGGAACCGCAUCUUGGACAUCGUCUACGCCUCGCUGGGAGCCCUGCUCUUCACCUGUUUCCUAGCGGUGGACACUCAGAUGCUCCUGGGGAACAAGCAGCUGGCCUUGAGCCCAGAGGAGUACGUCUUCGCCGCCCUCAACCUCUACACGGAUAUUAUCCAGAUCUUCCUCUACAUCCUGGCCAUCAUCGGCCGGGCCAAGGACUAGCCCGUGCACGUCCGCUGCUGUGGAGAGUAGGGUAACCUCCUGUCCCUGUGCCAGCCCCAGCUCACUGUGUCACUGCGCCCACCCCAGCCCUGCUCCCCCAUAGCCAUUUGGUAUGGUGUUUUCAUGGCAUCUCGUUGUUGGUUCUCGUGUUCUAGUUUAUUUUGACCCAUGGUCACCUCACCAGCUCUUCGGGAAGGACAGUGGGGCUGGGGGCAGCUGAGCUGCAGUGGGCUCAUGGUUUUGGAAGGACUCGCCCUGGGCCAUCCUGGGGUGAGGGAUACUCUCCAUCCUUCGGCCACUGCCUGUGCUGCGUGGGGUCGGGCGCACAGGGGGCAGGGUGGGGGUGUAUAAAUUGCUUUGCUCUGCACCAUGUCAGGAGCUGCUGUCUUGCUUCAGGGAAUGUCGCUGCCUCGUUGUGUCCCAAGCAUGCUGCUCCCGCCCUCUGGCAGCCCCCAUCCUCCACCACGGACGUGCCCAGCUCCCUGGCAGCCAGGGGCAGCUCUCUGGCCACCAGUGCUCCUCGGCUGUCACUAGCCAGCUGUGUCCCUAGCCUCCCAGUGGUGAAUGGAUUGAAACCCCCCACCGCCCUGUCCCCAGGGAGCUCUCUGGCCCCACGCGCUGCACUCUAGUGGCAGUGCUGCCUCACGCAGGCAGAUCAGGCCUUUAGUGAGAUGACCCCAGAGACCUUCAAAGGCAGGCUCCAUUAGCACCUGGCCAUGGAUAUCUGGCAUGCUGGGCGGUGCCUCCCAAGCGCAGCUCCGCCCGGGCCUGGCAGCACCUGCCUGCAUUCCCUGCAGUUGGUCAUGAAGAUGUUGGAGACCCUGAACCCGUGGUGGUGCUGUUUGGUGUUCGGCUGAGUGCACACUGCUCCGUGGUGUGCAGCCCCCUUGAGACUGCUUCCUGAGGCGCUGUGCGUGGCUGGCCCGGGGCUGAGCGCAGGGAUCUGCCCAGUUCCCCUCCCACGAGCAUCUGAUGGGGGCUGCGUCAUGGCCCUGCCUUUCCUUCCAUGCAGCCCAGUUCCCUCCUGCUUCGGGCGCCAGAGGGCUGGGUCCCGGGGUCCCUGUUGUUCUGUAUGUGACUGGCUGCUGCUGUUAAUAAAGCUCUGUUUAGAUGUGA